CAUUUCCUUGACUCGACCGAUUGCAUAUAUAUACUAGUACCUGGGUAUAUAUAGUUUUGAAACCCGCUUGUCGUCUUUGCCAUGCUCUCUCGAAGUAGUCGUUUCUUUGUAGCCUUUCGUAUUAAACAAAAAGCCCGACAUCUUUCAACAAUGGCCCCCUCAGCUACCACCCCGAACCAAGUUCGUAUAGGCCCAAACCCCAACCCGGACUGGAAUUUCGGCCAGGGCAGCAACCACCUCAACGCAGCAUCGCCCUCAUCCUCCAACCCGGACGAAAAAGCCCAGAGCCACACACUCAUCGACCCCCAAGCAGAGGAUCGAGCCUCAUGGCUCAACUACAAGCUCCUCAUCUCCGCCGUCGCCCCGCGCCCCAUCGCCUUCAUCAGCACCCUCUCCGCCGACGGUACCAAAGCCAAUCUCGCUCCAUUCAGCUACUUCAACGUCUUCACCCACGAUCCGCCUACCUUUGCUGUCGGAUUUGCGCAUCCCCCAAGUGGGCCUAGGGAUUCCUUUGUCAAUGUGCGUGACUCUGGGGAGUGUGUCAUCAACAUCAUCUCGGAACACUACAUCGAGGCCGCCAACUCGACCAGCAUAGACGCUCCUUACGGGACGUCUGAAUGGGGUGUCUCCGGCUUGACAGCAGACUAUUCAUGUGAGACUGUCAAGGCGCCGCGAGUGAAGGAGGCGAUAUUUAGCAUCGAAGCCAAGGUGGAAUCUAUCAAGGAGAUUGAAAGUAGAGCAAAUCCAGGGAGAGUGUCCACAUGGCUGGUCAUUUUUGAAGGAGUUCGGUUCUGGGCAAGGAAUGACGCACUGAGCGAAAAGAAGGAUGAGCUCUAUCCCGAGAUCUUGAAACCCAUUGGUCGCAUGGGAGGCGUCAUCUACUCCAAGACGACUGAUCUUCUGCAGAUACCAAGGCCGCAGUUUGAGGCUGACCUUGGCGGUGCUGAAGGCUAUGAGAAGCUCUUGAAUGGAAGCAAAUAACAACAAAAGACGCUGAUUGCGUAUAGGCCUUUUCCGAAGAAAAGGAGCAUCACGGAUUAAUGAGCACAAAUGAGCAAAGGCACCGCACGAUAAAGAAAUUAAAAAAAAAAAAAAAAAACAAUCAACGUG